AUGGGAAUUAAAGGAUUGUCGCAAGUGAUUGCUGAUAAUGCGCCGAGUGCUAUUAAGAUUAAUGAGAUGAAGGCGUUUUUUGGCAGAAAGGUGGGUGAAUUUUGGGGGGAAAUUUCAAUGAAACAGUGAAUUUUUGCACUAUUCAAAUGAUCACAGAAAUUUAAAUCUGAAAUUCGCUAUAUAAUUGAAAACGUAAUUUCUAUUCAAAAAUUAAUGAGAAAUUUGAAACAGUUAAUUUUUUUCAAAAAAUUUAUUUGGUAUUCAAAAUACUUUAAAUUUUCAAUUAAAAAAUAAGUUAAUUGAAAAUUGAUUAUGGAAAAAAUGUAAAUUUUUCAAGUUACUCAAAUUGAUUUUUAAAAAAAACAGUAAAUUUUCUGCAAUUUUUCUUAUCAAAAUUAUCCUCAUGUUUAUUCAAAAGUGAGAAUUUUGAUAUUUAACACAAAAAAGUUAGAAACCGUGAAUUUUUCAUCGAAAAUUAUAGGUAAAUUGGCAUCGAAGAACGUAAAUAUCUGGAACGUAAAUAUAAGAUUUUUCGAUGGGAAUUUGUGUUGAAUGAUUUGUUUUGAUCUUGAAAUAUUAUCCAGAAUUUCUGAAGAAAAAUUUUAUAAAUGUUUUGAAACGUACAUAUUUCAAGAAAUAAUUCAACACAAAAUUCUUUUUGUUCAAAAAUUUCGAAAAUUUUAGCACUAACAUUCCAAAAUUCCCGCCAUAAAUCAUAUAAAUAUUUUGAAACAGUGAUAUUUUUGCAGGUCGCAAUUGAUGCAUCAAUGUGUUUAUAUCAAUUUUUGAUCGCUGUUCGACAAGAUGGAUCACAAUUGCAAAGUGAAGAUGGAGAAACUACUAGGUGAGGGCUUUUUUGCGGGCGAAAAAUUAAUUUCCUACAAGUCUAUAAUUUUACGAGCUAGUUCGCAUUACUCAUUGAAAUUUUAUUGAAAAUUCAGUUUUAUGAAAAUUUUGAAACAGUGAAAUUUUUGAAUUUCGAAAAACAUUUCAAAUUUGAAUUUUUGCUUCAAAAGUUGUCUAAUUUUAUGUGAAAACUUUGAAGGUAGGGUCAAAGUCUGAGCAAAUUUUCUGAUUUUCUUUGAAUCUAAAUUGAAAAUGUUGAAACAGUGAAGUUUUGUGAAAUGUUUGAAAAAAAAAAUUUUUUUAUUCCAAUUUUCCGCUAUUUUUCGUCCUCAAUUCAGCAGGAUAACAACAAAAUUCAAUUGAAAAUUCGUUUUUGCAAAAAUUCUGAAACAGUGAUUUUUUUUGAGAAAAAUAUCUCACUGUUUCAGAAUUUUUUAAAGCCUAAUUAAUAAUUACAUUGAAAUUUUCAAUUAAUUAUUUUCUAGUCAUUUAAUGGGAAUGUUCUACCGUACAAUUCGUCUAAUCGAUAAUGGAAUCAAACCUUGCUAUGUUUUCGAUGGAAAACCGCCAGAUAUGAAAAGUGGAGAACUUGAAAAACGAUCAGAAAGACGAGCAGAAGCUGAAAAACAAUUAUUAGAAGCCAAAGAAAAAGGCGAUAAAGAAGAAGCUGAUAAAUUUGAAAGACGAUUGGUUAAAGUGACAAAACAGCAGAAUGAAGAGGUCAAACGAUUGUUGACACUUAUGGGGAUUCCGAUUGUUGAAGCACCGUGUGAAGCUGAAGCACAAUGUGCACAUUUGGUGAGAGCUGGAAAAGUUUAUGGAACUGCGACUGAAGAUAUGGAUGCGUUGACUUUUGGAUCGAAUGUUCUUUUGAGACAUAUGUUGAUGUCGGAAGCCAAGAAAAUGCCCAUUAAGGUGAGGAUUUUGGGGUCUGAAAAUCUUUGGAAAAAUUGAAGUUUUGAAUUUAGCAGAAAGUUUUUCAUUAUCAAAAAUCUUUCGAAAAGAAUUCACUAAAUUAGCGAAAAAAAUCCAAAACAUUUUAGAUAUGUAAAUUUUGAAACAGUAGUUUUUUUGAUGCAACAAUGAAUAAAUAAUAACCAAGAAAAUUUUCUUUGAUUUAUGUUUGUGUAAAUUUUGAAACAGUAAAAUUUUUUUCAAAAAAAUUUAUGUUUCAAAAAUUUAAUUUAAAGGUGGACUGCGAGCAAAUAUGAAGUUUCCCUUUAUUUCUAGCAGCUCCUAUCCUCAAAAAAUGAGCGUUUAUGCAAAAAAUUAGAAAAAAGUAGCAUCGCAGCGAGAAAACACACAGAAACCGUCAUGAGGGUACGAGGAAGUGGUGAGGCAAACGCGCUCUAGCGAACAAGCGGCACGUUUGAAUUUUCUGUGUGUCUUUCUCGUUUUUUUCAGCGUUCAACCUUUUCAAGCAAAAUAUAAGGAGAAAAAUGAAUUUUGAGCAUAAUAACUUCACACAAAAAGAAAAAGGAGAAGAUUCUCUACCUAAUCAGCGAUUAGAAAUCGUGAAAUAAGAAAUUUUGAGCUUUUUUCUCCCAGUUCAAAAUUAACGUGAGCAAUAUUUUGAAAACACUACAUAAAAUAUAUCAAUUUGUUCCUUUCUCACUCAGGAAUAUCAAUAAUCAUGAAAAAAUUCUUGAAAAAUAAAAAUUUCACGGUUUUGGGUUGAAAAACGUAAAACAAUGAAAAUUCACACACUCUCGACAAACACACAAAUUGACGCGCAAUUGCAGACGAUUUUUGUGUGCUUUGGCGCUGUCCACCUUUAAUUAUUUCAAUUUUCAAAGCGAAAAUAAUUUGCUAAAAUUCUGAUUCAUAAUGUUUUUGAAACAGUGAAGUUCUCGGGAAAAAAUUUAAUUUUUGCUGAGUUAAAGGUGGACAGCGCCAAAGCACACAAAAAUCGUCUGCAAUUGCGCGUCAAUUUGUGUGUUUGUCGAGAGUGUGUGAAUUUUCAUUGUUUUACGUUUUUCAACCCAAAACCGUGAAAUUUUUAUUUUUCAAGAAUUUUUUCAUGAUUAUUGAUAUUCCUGAGUGAGAAAGGAACAAAUUGAUAUAUUUUAUGUAGUGUUUUCAAAAUAUUGCUCACGUUAAUUUUGAACUGGGAGAAAAAAGCUCAAAAUUUCUUAUUUCACGAUUUCUAAUCGCUGAUUAGGUAGAGAAUCUUCUCCUUUUUCUUUUUGUGUGAAGUUAUUAUGCUCAAAAUUCAUUUUUCUCCUUAUAUUUUGCUUGAAAAGGUUGAACGCUGAAAAAAACGAGAAAGACACACAGAAAAUUCAAACGUGCCGCUUGUUCGCUAGAGCGCGUUUGCCUCACCACUUCCUCGUACCCUCAUGACGGUUUCUGUGUGUUUUCUCGCUGCGAUGCUACUUUUUUCUAAUUUUUUGCAUAAACGCUCAUUUUUUGAGGAUAGGAGCUGCUAGAAAUAAAGGGAAACUUCAUAUUUGCUCGCAGUCCACCUUUAAGAAGCUCAAAAUCAAAAAAAUUCAACAGAAAAAAUAAAUAUGAAAGUUUUGAAACAGUAAGAUUUUUAGAAAAUUAAUUUCUAUUUUCUACAAAACGUUUUGAGUUUUUGUAUUUGUAAAAUGUUUUUUUUAAAAUUUCUAUUCUAAAAAUUGUACUGUUUCAAAACUUCUUAAAGUUUAAAUUCUGAUCGUGUUAAAUUUAAUUAUGGUAACAACAGGAAUUUCUUCUCAAAAAAUUCACUGUUUCAAGAAUUUCAUGAACGAAAAUUCUCAACUAAUUUUCUUUUUAGAAUAUUCAAUGUGCUGCAAAAAAAUCAAAUUAUGAGUAUUUUUGAAAGGGUUGAGUUGCAUUAUCUAAAAAUUACCAACUUUUCAAAUUAUGAAAUUUUGAAACAGCAUAAUUUUUUACUACAAAAUUUUUUGAAAAACUUCAGCUUUUCACACUGAAUUUUAUCAAAAAUUCUAAUUAAAAGCUUUUUUUGAACCAUGAACCUUAUCAUCAAAAUUUUAAACUCCAAAUUAAUGAUUUAAAAUAUUUUUGAAACAGUGAAUUUUUUUGAGAAAAAGAAAUGGAGAAUUUUGAUUCCUGAAAAUAUUUAUUAGACUGAAGAGGACUUUUUUCAAGCAAAAUUCAACUCAUCUGACAGAAAUUAUGUUUCUCUCCUGAAACAGUAAAAAUAUUUUUCGUUCAAAAAUGUUAUAAAACACAUUUCCUCUCCAUUUUUAAAUCAAAUUUUUGCUUUCAGGAAAUCAUUCUUGCUCGACUCUACGAAGAAAUGGAUAUAACUGAAGAUCAAUUUAUUGAUUUGUGCAUUUUGCUUGGCUGCGAUUAUUGUGGAACAAUUCGGGGAGUUGGACCCAAAAGAGCUGUCGAAUUGAUCAAACAACACAAAGAUAUUGAGACGAUUUUGGAGAAUAUUGAUCAAAAUGUGAGUUUUAUUUUUUCAAUUUGAAAAUUCAUGAAUUUUGAAGCGAAAAAAUCCACGUGGAAAGAUCAAAUUUCGGAAAUUUUGGCUUUGAAAAUCCACGAGCAAAAAAUUCACUGUUUCAGAAUUUUCCUAUAUAAAUUUUUUUAAAUUUAUUUUUACUGAUUCAGGCAUCUCAUAUAAAAUUGAAAAUUGUAUAUUUUUAAUCAAAUUUUCGAAAUAAUAUCAAAUCGAAUCAAAUUUUUUAUUAGAAAUUUUUGAAACAGUGAAAUUUUGGAAUAUUUUUUUUGAAGUAUCAAAAAACACUCAAAAAAUUUUCCAACAAAAAAACUUUACUGUUUCAAAAUUUUCGUAUAUUUUUUGGAUGUUUUUUCAGAGUAGUGGAUCAUUCCAUAGAAUUUCAUUCGAAAAAGUUUCAAUUUCAAAAUUGCCACGUCAUAGCUCAAUCCAAUUCAACAUUCCUAAUUUUCCAGAAAUACCCACCGCCAGCCGAUUGGCCAUACAAAAGAGCACGCGAAUUGUUCAAACAUCCAGAAGUGACAAAAGGCGAAGAAGUUGAGCUAACUUGGAAAGAUCCAGACGUCGAAGGAAUCGUUCAAUUCAUGUGCGCUGAAAAGAAUUUCAGCGAAGAUCGAAUUCGUGCCUCGCUUCAACGAAUGCAAAAAAGCAAAAAAGCUGGAACACAAGGAAGAAUCGACUCGUUCUUCACGGUUUCCAACAAUGUCAAAUGUGUUACGGCGGCGAAGCGAAAAGCGAUCGAAGAUGCGAAGAAAUCGGCGAAAAAGGGGGGUGCGCCACCGAAGAAACGCGCUAAGUAA